CCCGACACAACACCAGUCGCGACAUUUAAGGGAGAACGAAGAUGGCGUUGGAGGUGGCUGCCGUGGACCGGUUCUUUUGCAACGUGAUGGAGUUGAUUCCGUCGGCACAUUACUUUCCCACAGAGCCCGAGGACAACUUCAAGCACAGCAUCAACAAAAAGUAUCACAAGAACGUCAAGGCACUGUCAGCGGCGGCCGACGUCGAUAUCACCGACUCCAAGCACGUCGGCAAGCGGUUGAAAUUCAACCCCAAGCUUCAGCUGUCCAACGAAGCCACACAGGUGCAUGAAAAGGAAAAGGAAACCAAGCGGGUCGCCGCCACCGCCGCCGACGACGACGACGACAAUGUCGACGAUGCCACUCUCACAGGGCUCGACGGUCUGCGUAAACGCCUGGCCAAGCGCAUUGAAACCAUGCGUGUCAAGCGCCAGUCGGUCAAGGAGCACAAGACGACGAAGAAGGAACACACCAAGGACGGCGGCGCAGACAAGAGUGCGGCAUCGAAGAAGCGAAAGCCGUCGACUUCGCAAGACAAAUCGCAGCACAAAAAGGCCAAGGGCAACAACGAUGAUGACGUCGUGCCGACAACCGCUACGACGACACUGUCGACCUCUUCUAGCAACGCCGAAAGCAACGCAGCCACGGACGUAGCAACGGCGAAAACCGUCGACGAAAGCAUCUCGUAUGGGAGCUUGUUGGUCGGCCACGAAAAGAAGGAAGAGGCCAAGACUCGGAAUGGCCGCGGGCUAGCUAACAUUCAGAACUUGCUCAAGAAAGCCGAAGCGAAGAAGGCACGCAUGGAGGAGCUCAAGAAGACCGAGGAAGGCCGCGCGGUAGUUGCCGCCAAGGGAUGGGAGAAAGCGCUCAAGCAAGCACAGGGGGACAAGGUGAUGGACGACCCCAAGUUGCUGCGAAACAAACUCAAGAAGAAGCUUAAGCAAAAGGACAAGAGUUCCAAGGAAUGGAAACAACGUGUGUCGAAUGAAAAGAAGGGCAUGAAGGAUCGAGCGAAGACCAAGGCAGCGAAUGCCCGGACGGGCAAAAAGGUGUUGCGAUCCAAGGCGGCGGAAGCGCGAGCGCAAAAGAUUGCCGCGAGUAAACCCAAGCAAAAUGGAAACCGCGCGGGGUUUGAAGGCAAGAAGGGCGACGGGUUUUUGAAUGCCAAGAAAUAAUAGUGUAUGUCUGUCGAACGUUAUAAACUCCAAAAACAAAUAUUGCCUUAACUAUGUCGACCUGGGAGGAGAGAUGGACGACGAGGAUGAAGGGGAUGAUGGAUGGGAACACA